AUGGAUACGAGAAAAUGGUUGUCCGUGGAUGAGCGGACAUGUCUAAAGCUGCUGAAGGUGCAUUUGGAAAUCCUGAAGUGGGCUCGUGAAAACGGUUGUCCAUGGGAUGAAUAUACAUGUGCUAGAGCAGCUGCAGGUGGACAUUUGGAAAUUUUAGCAUGGGCUCAUGAAAAUGGUUGUCCGUGGAGUUCAAGGACAUGUACAUUCGCUGCUUAUUCUGGACAUUUGGAAGCUCUCCAAUGGUUGCAUGAAAAUGGUUGUCCAUGGGAUGAAUUGACAUGUGCUGAUGCCGCGGCAGGUGGACACUUGGAAGCUCUCCAAUGGUUAAGAGAAAUUGGCUGUCCAUGGGAUGAACGGACAUGUUUUGCUGCUGCUGAAGGUGGCCAUUUGGAAAUCCUGAAGUGGGCUCGUGAAAAUGGUUGUCCAUGGAGUCGCGUGACGUUUUGCGCUGCCCCCAGGAAUAACCAAAUCGAAGUGAUGCAGUGGCUACGUGACAAUGACUGCCCUGGGUCUCAUGAUUGA